AUGGCCAUCAAUGAUGACCCCGUUUUGUCAUUUUUCCUAUUUGAUCAUCCUGGUCUCGCAAACACUGGAGUCACUCCGCGUACACAAGGCAAGGAGGCUAAGCCUUCCACUGCAAAAACACCCGCUGCAGUUGUGCCAGUGCCCACACCAGCAGUUGAAUUCUCUCCAAAAGCCUUUGCAGGCAUAUACGAGAUGGACAUCAGUAGUCUACUCUCAGGUGAGCUUCACGUUAAGCAGGUUCUCUGCUUGAUGCCAACGGCGUCUGGGCUCAAAUAUCUUUGCAUCCAGCUCAAAGUAGAUCAACCAUUGCUCACAGGAGAGCUGUUGAAAAGGCUUAAUCCACUCACGAUCACUAUUGGAACGGGGCGGCAUUUGCCUGGAAUUGUGAGUCAAGGGACCGGAAUGAAAUCUCCACACUCACCUCUUCAGCACCACUGCAAGCCAGCCUUCGCGUUGAUCCAUUUCUUCCCAGAUCAGCUUCAUGCAAUAGCAACACGUUCCUUCAACCCCAGACUUCGUCACACUGUUCCUCGUCUUUUGAUGACACCGGGCCAGCGUCAGAGUGAGACGAUACGAUGGAACGCGAGCUUGACUCUUCUCUGUGGUCGCUUCAACCCUCUGGAGCUUGUUGAUGCCAUUCGGUAUACGUCCCUUACCAUAGAGAUCCGAGAUAGGGACUUGAAGCAGGAGGAAACACUCGCACAGUUCCAGGUAAAGUGGGAAAGCUUGUACAUGACGGCUCAACCAAUGGAGCUGACAGAAGUGGAUGAUAUUGCGCGUAGCGAUUGGAGAAUGAUGCUUGCAAACUCUGGUCGACUCUUUCCGUACGGUCUAGCCACAUUUCGCCUUACAGAGCUUCUCAAUUUGGCAAAGCAGCGGAUGGGUGGGAUGAAGGCGAACAGCGACCGAUCCCAUAUGGUGUUAAAGCUCACUUCAGACGUAAUCUCCAUGAAGCGACGUGCAAGUCCACUCGGCACUGCCACGUUGAGCGAAGAAAGCGAUCUCCCCGCAACAGUUGACUUGUCCCCACUUGAGAAAGUCAUCCGUGAGCCUGGCGCCUACAUCUCCACCGGUGCCUCACUCAGUAUCACCUUCUCUAGAAUAGUCGUGAUUAUUCCUUACAAAGACAGCUCUACACUUGGAGAGGUGACAAAAGCCAUGACAAACGUAAACUUGAAGGCACUUCCUGGCGUCCCCAUUCGCUCGUAUCAAAUGACGGAAUCUGAGAAGAUGGACUGUGAAACUGGAGCCUUGGACGUCGUCACCGGUGCCCAAAUCAUCGACAGCCAAUUUCGCAUGGUCAUCUUGGAAGGUCUCGUAGAUAAAGGCAUGAAGUAUUUGCAUCAACAGCUACAACGUAAGGGACCAAACGACCCGAAAGGAUGCCGAAUGUUCUGCAACGAUGAGCUCCGCUUCACACGACGACUAUACACCGAAUUCGAAAUCGAUUUAAAGCGGAUCAAGCUUCGUUAUCCGCUCUCCGUGCUGAUGACAACACCUGACAUAUACAUGCGAUCCAAAGUCUCUGCAAACUGUCACCAGGCUCUCGCUCGUCUCGCCGAAAUGCGCAAAGUCCAGCGUCUAAUUGAAGUAAAGCAUCUCGAUCUCUUCCCCACAUCGCAGAUGCUGUUUGAAGUCGAGAGUAAAUACGGAGAGAGCGUCACACUGGAAGAUAUCUACGCAAAGGAAGGGCGGCGCACCUUCGAAUCCACGCGACGCCGUAACAAUCGGCUCAAAGCAACCACCGAUUCGACAAAUGCCAAUUUCGAGCUGUCACGUCGGAACCGGGUUGAGAAAAACUUCCUUUUGGAGCGCAAAAAGCACGCGGAUCGCCUUCAAGCAGACUACGCCGAGAAGAAACAGGCUAAAAUGCUUGAAAACACCUCGCAAGGACCAGUUUAUCUAUACAGCGGUCAAAAGCUGCGGGUAUCUCUACGACAAUCAGAGGAGCAGGAAACCCGCAAAAAAUGGACGACACAACGAGGAUUCAUCUACCCAGCGCCUCGACAGCCAAGUGAGUACAAAAAGCACCCCAACACUCCAAGUGAAGCUCGUUGUGAAGACCUCCGACAACCAUUUGUUGAUAAUAUCAACCAUCCCAAGCCUGUAUCUCGAGACUCGAGCGAACCUGGCACUAGAAAGGGGCCUGAUUUUUCCACUUUGCCCUCGAAAGACAUGAUCUUUGGCGGAACUAACGGAGACGGCACGAGGAAUCCCGAUUACUUCCGAAGUGUCCACAUGUGCGGUGAAGGUCUUCGUAUUGAGAUGGAGGAGGCGCUGAAGAAAGAGCAAGAUGCGUGGGAACGCCGCCUCGUUGUUGACAAGAAGCAGCUGAAGUUCCUUGCCCACGGCAGCAUCUGUAGUCAGCCUCGCGACAAACCGUCUCAACUCGAUAAAGUCUCAGAUAUCCUGAGAGGUCCCGCGUAUUCCAAGCCUAUUCGUAUCGUCAAGAACGCAUCAUUGCCCAGUGGCAAGCGCGUGCCAUUGGAGAAGCCACCGGUCACGAUUCAUAACGAGGAAGAAUAUGUUGGCUGCGUUGCUACCACGUUCGCUAGCACCCUCCGUCCUUCAGACAGCAAUCAGUUUGUGGCAACCGACGCAGUGUCAAGUAAGCCACAGGACUUCUUCUUCCCGUCAACGUCGGGUAUCUUGACACCACAGGUAAAAAAAAUCAUUACUCGAAAGGAGAUUGUGCCAGUGCGUGGCUCUGAGAAGAAAGGACUCAUUUGGAGAAACGAGUGA